AUGCGUCUGAGCCAGGUCGUUUUCCUUUCUCUGCUUGGCUUCGCCGCAGCUGCUCCUGCUCCCGAUGGACUUGAAAGCGGGCCUGCUGUUGUGGAUGAUGACUUCAAGCCCGACUGGAACGCCUUUGAGAGCGACUUCAAACUGGCUUUGGAGGAGUUCAAUGCGGAUCCAACUUUGACUAAGCGCCUGAACACUCAAAGCUCUGGCAAUGUCGCAUACGGGAAGGCAAUCUAUGCCGCCGGUGCUGCCGCUGUCAGUCAGGUGAAGGGUCUUAAGAAUUGGAAUAAGUCCAGGGAACAGUUCGUCCAGCUAGUCACCCAGGGGAUGAUGGACCAUAACCCUGACCCCAAGACCGCUGUGGCUGCAAUCUGCUACAACAAGGGCUAUGGAAUCAAGGACCCAGAAGGCAUUUAUGGCCUGCACAGCGAAAAGCUUUCUGUUUGGCCGGCAUCAACCGACUACGACUGUUUCUACAUGGGCAGAAACAACGCCUUCUGGUCUUACGGCGAUGGUGGCACCAUCAACUUGUACACCCGCUGGCAACACGGAGCUUGUCGUUUUGACGACAAGUCGGAUCUCUACUGCUAA